AUGGCUCCUCGUCCCAAUCUCACUGGCUUCGACCCUCAAAAGUUCGCUGCUGCCUCUGGCCAGCCCCGAAACGACCCUUGGGCCAGAUACGAGGCCUGGAGAUACACCGGCCCCUUCUCGCGCUGGAACAGAUUCAAGGGCUCCUUCCCCGGUCUCGGUAUCGCCACUGUCGCCUUUGCUGGCUACCUCGCAUACGAGGCUGUCUUCCUCAAAGACGACCACGCCCAUGGC